UUUGUACAGUGUGCGAGGUUGGAGAAGGUAGAGAAAGGUUAAAGGUGUUAAUUAGAAGCAGGUUCUAGAAGAGUGUGGUUUGAGCAGAGAGAGUGGUGGAAGAUGUCGAUUGUUCCGAUGAACCAGGACGAGGGAAACGCCUUCAAUCUCUUGGCUCAGUGGGAUCCGUUCCUCGAUUUUCCUCUCCCUCCAUCCAUCUCCAACUUCUUCCCCGGUUUCGAAUUCGGAUCCGGGUCGUCGGUGAAGACGCGUGUGGACUGGAGGGAGACACCCAGAGCACACCUGUGGGAGGUGGCGCUUCCCGGCUUCACCAACGAAGACGUGCUGGUGGAGCUCCAAGACGAGAGGGUGCUCCAAGUGAGCGUGGAGAGUGGGAACUUCACGACCAGGUUCAAGAUCCCCGACAACGCGAACCUCGAACAACUCAAAGCCAACAUGCGUCACGGGGUUCUGGUUGUAACCGUUCCCAAGGUUCACCAACCGCUUCCCCCACCGUCUAGUAGGAACAUCAGGGUCGUUGAAAUCGACGGCACCGACUGAACCCUUCACAAGACAACCUCAGUGAGCAAACUCUGUCUGUCUCUUCAAUUUGUUCACUGUAAAAGUCCAAACGUUGUUUUUCUCGUUGUCUUUAACCAUAUCGUGUGGGUGUAUGUGUCGGAUACAACUCUGUUUUGUAAAACGUGUGCGAUACCCUGCUCUGUUAAGUUAAA